AACUCUCUCGCUAGAAAUUCAGAAAAAAGAAAAGAAAGAAAGAUCAUGGAGACCCUCUUAUACUCAACAUUCCUUCCAUUUUUCUUUUUCCUUUUUUAUUUUAUUUUCCCUGGAAAACAUUUGACAUUGCACAGAGAGAGAGAGAGAGAGAGAGAGAGGACCUCCAUUAUCGUUUUAUUUUAACAUUUGACAUUGUCAGAUUUAUAAGUCCGUAAUGGAAUGCAUUUCUCCUCUCUCUCCAGCUUAUUUCCAGGCCCUAGCUUUCAUAAACUCUGACUUAUUGUAAUUAUUAUUAUUAUUAUUCUGUAAAUUGGGAUCCAUUUUCAGAUUUUGAAUUAUUAGUUGUUUCCAGUUGCAGAGUGGAAAUAUAAUUUAUUUUCAUCUGAUUAUUCAACUGUAUCUGGUAUAGUUCUUCUGUAUCGAUUGAUAGUUUCAUUCAUUAGAGACUUUCUGAGUGGUGUUUCUGGGGAAGAAUCAGAAUCAGAAUCAGAACAAGAAAAUGUCUGACUCGCCGACUUCUUCCCCACCCGCACCCUCCGCCGACUCCAGUCCGCCGCCAGAUAACUCCACCGGUGGUUCUGCUCCUCCACCUACUGAUUCCUCACCACCUCCUUCCCCACCGGCUGACUCAGCACCGCCGCCGAGUAUCCCAUCUCCACCGCCAGCGACUCCUCCUCCGGAAUCCAAUCCCCCGCCUCCACCGCCUGAUUCCCCACCCCCUCCUCCCCCGGAUGCUCCACCUCCAUCUGAUCCUCUACCACCGGUUGACUCCGGUUCUCCACCACCAGAGCCCACAAACUCACCUCCUCCUCCUGAGGAAUUUGAAUCUCCACCGCCUCCGCCGAAUGAAGACAACACCUCUCCUCCUUCACCUCCGGAACAAUCACCUCCUCAGGCGCCUUCACCAAAGGGAGGAUCCAAAAAACCGAAAAAAUCACCACCACCAACCAAUUCUCCUCCGGCUCCUCCAAAUGCGCCUUCUCACGCACUACCACCCAAGUCCACCGGUGCAGGAGGACCUCUCAAAUCCCCUUCUCGCGGCGUCCCCAGCUUCCCGCCACCUCCUCCAACCAGCAAUGACGGUGGCUAUCAAGGCAAGACUAUGGCCGGAAUGGCAGUCGCCGGAUUCGCAAUCAUCGCCUUAAUCGCCGUCGUGUUCUUAGUCAGAAGAAAGAAAAAGAGAAACGUAGAUGUAUAUACUGACUCCCAGUACUUGCCUCCUUCUAACUUCUCCAUCAAGUCAGAUGGAUUUUUAUACGGACAGAAUACGACAAAAGGAGGGUACUCUGGUCCUGGUGGCUACAAUACACAACAACAACAAUCCAAUACAGGAAACAGCUUUGGGAGCCAAAGAGGUUAUACGCAGUCAGGGAGUACACCUGAUUCAGCUGUGAUGGGAAGUGGUCAAACGCAUUUCGCCUACGAAGAGCUAAUGGAGAUAACGCAAGGAUUCGCUAAGCAAAACAUACUCGGAGAAGGUGGGUUCGGGUGUGUCUACAAAGGUAAACUACACGACGGGAAACUAGUUGCUGUGAAGCAGCUUAAGGUUGGGAGUGGACAAGGUGACCGCGAGUUUAAAGCAGAGGUUGAGAUCAUUAGCCGUGUUCACCAUCGUCAUUUGGUUUCUCUGGUUGGUUAUUGUAUCUCGGAUGUCCAGAGGUUGCUUAUCUAUGAGUAUGUUCCAAACCAAACCUUGGAGCAUCAUUUGCAUGGGAAGGGAAGGCCAGUCCUAGACUGGGCUAGGAGAGUCCGAAUCGCUAUAGGUUCUGCCAAGGGUUUGGCGUAUUUGCAUGAAGACUGCCACCCAAAAAUCAUUCACAGGGACAUAAAGUCGGCAAACAUACUGCUGGACGAUGAGUUUGAAGCUCAGGUUGCUGACUUUGGCCUUGCAAAACUCAGUGAUUCAACACAAACCCAUGUAUCAACUCGCGUUAUGGGAACCUUUGGGUACUUGGCACCAGAAUAUGCACAAAGCGGGAAACUAACAGAUAGAUCAGAUGUUUUCUCCUUUGGGGUUGUUCUCUUAGAACUUAUAACUGGACGCAAACCAGUUGAUCAGUACAUGCCUUUGGGAGAAGAGAGUUUGGUCGAAUGGGCUCGUCCACUGCUUCAUAAAGCCAUUGAGACCGGUGAUUUCAGCGAUCUGGUUGAUAGACGGCUCGAAAAACAUUACGUGGAGAAUGAAGUUUUCAGAAUGAUUGAAACAGCUGCUGCAUGUAUUAGACAUUCCGGUCCAAAACGUCCACGCAUGGCUCAGGUUGUGAGAGCAUUGGACAGUGAAGGGGACAUGGGAGAUAUCAGCAACGGAUCCAAAGUGGGACAUAACAAUGCUUAUGACUCUUGUCAGUAUAACUCAGACGACAGGAAAAUGGCUUUUGGUUUUGACGAUAGUUCAGAUUCAGGGAUGCACAGUGGAGACUACUCUGUCCGAAGCUCCAGGAAAGGAUCCAAUGGAGAAUCUACUGAGUUCACAAGGAGUGAAUCUGAGAACAGAAACUUCAAUAACCGGCGGUUCUGAUACAAAUACAAGUGAUGUUAUCAUACCUCAUGUUUGAGCUCCCUGUACAGCAUUUAUGCUCUUUGUAUUUUUUUUUGGGAGAUGCAUUUUCUUGCAUAGCUACCGUUUAGUUUUGCUUUUUGUUUCUCUGUGUUUGGUUUCAGAUUAUUUUUCUGAGUGUGAUGAGGAUAAUGAAGAACUCCAUCUUCAGAUAUGUAACUUUUUUUUUUACAGAUUGAGCUUGUAAUG